GUCAACGCGUCAACGUUCAACAUUGAAAGGCUCUUGGGUCCGUCCAUCCCGCUUCAAAGGACACGGUUAAGGUCGCCAUGUAUCCACUGUUCGACAGCCUUCGUAGAUGGUUCUUCCUAAUUCCAACAGUCGUAUGCCCCGCCAACUUCUUCAUCGACGCGCCAUUCGGCCGCUUCGUCCCAGAUGGAGACAGCAUCCUGCUCGUGGAUGGCAUUAAGUCGUGGAUACUCAUGGAGCUCGUAUCCCCCAUCACCUUCCUCUAUACAAUCACUCAGCGUCCCUUCGCCGACACCUCCCUCAUGGCCCCCAGCGCCUCUACGCCUCUAUCAGGACCUCAAAAGCUCCUUGCAGGCCUCUUUCUCCUGCACUACCUCAACCGUGCCCUCAUAUCGCCCCUCCGCACCCCCUCGCGUUCGAAGUCGCACAUCAUGGUCCCGCUCGCCGCCAUCUCCUUCAAUCUUGUCAACGGCUCGCUCAUGGCGUCCUACCUUUCCUCCUCCUACGCCGCGUCCUUCCUUGAAGGCGCAUUCAGCCGCGCAAGUUUCUGGGCUGGCGUCGGCAUUUGGGCCGCCGGCCUUGCUGGGAAUAUUGUGCACGACGAGGUUCUCCUCAAUCUGCGGAGGAAGAAGAGAGACGACGAGUCCAAGGAGAAGGACAGCAACGGCGCUGCCAAGUCUAACAAGCAACACUACGCCAUCCCGCAUGGAUACAUGUACUCGCUCAUUUCGUACCCCAACUACUUCUGCGAGUGGUGCGAGUGGGCCGGGUUCGCGUUCGCGGCCUCGCCUCUCCCCUCUGUUGCAUCGUGGAGCGCGGUCCUCUCGACGGUGUCGCCUCCAUGGGUUUUUGUGUGGUCCGAGGUACUGAUGAUGAUCCCAAGGGCAUAUAAAGGGCACAAGUGGUAUCAUGACAAGUUUCCGGACUAUCCGAAGGAGAGGAAGGCCGUUGUACCAUUUGUAUUUUAACUGUGAUAGGACGUUAUGACUUUCUCGAUGUUGUAUACUAUAUGUAAU